GGUGCCGGCCCGGACCCCAGAGCGCUGCGGGCGGCGGAGAGCGGCGGGGGCUGCCCGAGCGCUGGGGCAUGGCCGUCAAUGUGUACUCCACCUCAGUGACCAGCGAGAACCUGAGCCGCCAUGACAUGCUGGCCUGGGUCAACGACUCCCUGCAGCUCAACUACACCAAGAUCGAGCAGCUCUGCUCAGGGGCUGCCUACUGCCAGUUCAUGGACAUGCUGUUUCCCGGCUGCGUGCACCUGCGGAAGGUGAAGUUCCAGGCCAAACUGGAGCACGAGUACAUCCACAACUUCAAAGUGUUGCAGGCCGCCUUCAAGAAGAUGGGAGUGGAUAAGAUCAUCGCAGUGGAGAGGCUGGUGAAGGGAAAGUUCCAGGACAACUUUGAGUUCAUCCAAUGGUUCAAGAAGUUCUUCGAUGCCAACUACGACGGGAAGGAAUACAACCCACUGCUGGCACGGCAGGGCCAGGACGUGGCGCCUGCCCCUAACCCAGGUGAUCACAGCUUCAACAAACCCAAGAAACUCAUUGGCACUGCAGUCCCACAGAGGACCUCCCCCACGGGCCCCAAGAACACGCAGCACCCGGCACGCCUGGGCAACGUCCCCACUGGCAUCCUGCGGAAAAACUCACCUGCCACCCGCAACGGGGGCCCCGAGGCUGACGCACAGAUCUUGGAGCUCAACCAGCAGCUGAUGGAUCUGAAGCUGACGGUGGACGGCUUGGAGAAGGAGCGGGAUUUCUACUUCAGCAAACUGCGGGACAUCGAACUCAUCUGCCAGGAGCACGAGAACGAGAACAGCCCCAUCAUCAGCGGCAUCGUCAGCGUGCUCUACGCCACCGAGGAGGGCUUUGCCCCGCCGGAGGACGACGAGCUGGAGGAGCAGCAAACGGAGGAGCAGGACGAGUACUGACCCACCGCGCCCCACCCCACGUCCGACCCCUCCAUAGACAUUGAGGCCCGAGUCCCCGCACCCCACCGCCAUCGCAGCUCCGUGGGACGAUGCCGAUGUCCACAAUAAACCAAACACCGCACAGCGGAGCGGGGCCGUGCGUCUGCCGGGGGGGACGCGCCCCAGCCCCACCCUC